UCGUCAGUAGCCAAUCGAAGGUACAAGGGCGUCUCUAAAAAUGUUGUUUGUUUUUGUAAGGUAAAACCAAGAGCGUCUUCGGCUCGGAAAAUAAGUAAACAUGUUUUUGUUUUUUUUGGAAAGGAGAGACUCGACUUGUCUAAAAGACAAACAUGAAACGUUGUCAUUACAUGCCAUGCGGGUCCAUGCUGCACUGCUAUGCAUCCACGCUGUCAGGUGCAACAGCAACAGUUGACGUCAAUGGCCCACCGUACCUGUGUAACUCAAAAAUUCUGCUCAUCCACUCACAGGGGAGACGAGCAGAAGGGGGAGAGAGACCGAGAGACAGAGAGUGCGAGGAAGAGUCAGAGAGAGAGGUGAAGGGGAGGGAGACUGGAUCAUGCAUGUGCAUUAACUCAGCUCCAGCGGUGCAGCAACAGCAACAGCAGCAGCAGCGGCAAACAGAAACAGCAGCAGCUCUGGAAGAAAAUAGAGAUCGAGGAAGCGGGAGAAGGAGGGAGAGGGAGAGGGAGAGAGAGAGAGAGAGAAGGGGAACAACAGAGAGGGAGAGUUGGAGGGAGGGUAGUAGUCUCAGACACAGGAACAAAAGCUGCAGAGGACUGCUCUCCAUCUCCAAUAAAAGAACAACGGAGGAAUAACACCAGGAGGAGGGGGCAGUCAUGAUAGUAGUGAGACAUAAUGGAAGAGAGGAGGCAAAUAGUAGUCUGUGAGGACUGAAACCAAGGCUCUUUUCCUCUCUGCUCUCCAUGUUUUCGGGACUCAGCAUAUCAUUGUUUUUAACUCUAAACAAAGAGGAGGAUGUCUGUGUCGGGAAAGAAGGAAUUUGACGUUAAACAGAUCCUCAGGCUCCGCUGGCGCUGGUUCAGCCAUUCAUCCCAAGGUUCAGCUGGCAAUGGAGGUGGAGGUGUUGGUGGGGUGGGAAGCUACAUCCAACAGGAUGGCCUGGACCACAGAGGGAUGCCCGUCCAGGGUCGGAUGAAAAGUCACUCCCGGGAAAGAAGUGUUGGCGGACUAUGGAAGACAAGCAGCCCAGUCCACAGCAUUUUGGUGCCAGUGCCAGGGCCAACACCUGUCAAUGUGAGAGCAGGGAAUCAAGCAUGGCCUCAACAGAACACCAUCCAGGGAGUCCAGGUCAACGAAGAGAGAUCAAAAAGUAGUUCCUCACCUAGUUCCACUAGAAAAGAGGACAACCACCCUGGCCAGGAAGAUGUGAAAAACAGCACAGAUGACCCUGCAGAGGUGGAGGCCAGAGAGAGGCUGGUUCUCAGCACCUUCUCCAGAAUGAAUGCCAACUCCUCGGACGAGUUUUUCCAAGCCACGAAUCAUGCAGAGCAGACUUUCCGUAAGAUGGAAACCUAUCUUCAACACAAGCAGCUGUGUGACGUCCUCUUGAUAGCAGGGGAUCAUAAGAUCCCAGCUCACAGAUUAGUCCUGAGUGCUGUGUCAGACUAUUUCGCCGCCAUGUUCACCAGUGAUGUGAGAGAGGCCAAGCAGGAGGAGAUAAAGAUGGAGGGAGUGGACCCGGAGGCCCUUAGAUCUCUGGUUCAUUUUGCCUACACUGGUGUCCUUGAGCUGAAGGAGGAGACUAUAGAGAGUUUAUUGGCGGCAGCUUGCCUCCUCCAGCUUUCACAAGUCAUCGAGGUUUGCUGUAACUUUCUGAUGAAACAGCUUCAUCCCUCCAACUGCUUGGGAAUACGCUCCUUUGCAGAUGCCCAGGGCUGUGUGGACCUGCUCAAUGUUGCACAUAAUUACACUAUGGAACACUUCCUGGAGGUCAUUCAGAACCAGGAGUUCCUGCUGCUCCCCACAGCUGAGAUAGUAAAGCUGCUCUCCAGUGAUGACAUUAAUGUGCCCGACGAGGAAACCAUCUUCCAGGCGUUGAUGUUGUGGGUGCGUUAUGAUGUUCAGAACCGACAGCAGGACCUGGGCGUGCUUCUGGCUUAUAUCCGCCUGCCUCUCCUUCCUCCACAGCUCCUCGCAGAUCUGGAGAACAACAAAAUGUUCUCUGAAGACCUGGAAUGCCAGAAGCUGCUCAUGGAGGCCAUGAAGUAUCAUCUCCUGCCUGAGAGACGACCCAUGUUUCAGAGUCCCAGAACCAAACCCAGAAAGUCCACUGUUGGUGCACUUUAUGCUGUUGGAGGAAUGGAUGCCAACAAAGGCUCGACCACCAUAGAGAAGUAUGACCUGCGGACAGACACCUGGGUCCAGGUGGGAGUCAUGAACGGACGCAGGCUGCAGUUUGGUGUGGCCGUGAUAGACAAUAAGCUGUACGUGGUUGGUGGCAGAGAUGGACUCAAGACGUCCAACAUGGUUGAAUGCUACAACCCAAUAACUAAAGUGUGGUCCAUCAUGCCUCCCAUGUCAACACACAGACAUGGACUGGGUAUUGCAGUACUGGAGGGUCCUAUGUACGCUGUUGGGGGCCACGAUGGCUGGAGUUACCUAAACACAGUGGAACGGUGGGAUCCUCAAGCCCGACAGUGGAACUACGUGGCCAGUAUGUCGACUCCUCGCAGCACCAUGGGAGUCACAGCACUUAACGGAAAGUUGUUUGCAGUAGGAGGCCGUGAUGGCAGCUCCUGCCUGAGGUCAAUGGAGUGCUUCGACCCCCACACCAACAAGUGGAGCAUGUGUGCUCCCAUGUCCAAGAGAAGAGGAGGAGUGGGUGUGGCAACCUAUAACAACUUCCUGUAUGCUGUGGGUGGACACGACGCCCCAGCCUCAAACCACUGCUCUAGGCUCUCAGACUGUGUGGAGAGGUAUGACCCAAAGACGGACAUGUGGACCACCGUUUCGCCCCUCGGUGUCCCACGAGAUGCUGUGGGUGUGUGUCUUCUUGGUGAAAGGCUGUAUGCUGUGGGUGGAUACGAUGGCCAGUCGUAUCUUAAUACUGUUGAGUCCUACGAUGCACAGAACAACGAGUGGACAGAGGAGGUUCCCCUAAACGUUGGGAGGGCAGGGACCUGUGUGGUGGUGACUCUUCAGAUGGACACAGAUGGACGCGAAGACACACAAACAUACUGCUUCUGUCAUUAGCAGACGCUGCAGAGAACCCGUCAUAAACUUCAGUGCUUUGUGCGCUCUUCAUUUUUCUCAAAAGAAAGAAGAAUUCUCACAGACUUGGCCAAGCUGUAGCAAAUCAGUGCCAAUCCUCUGUUGCGUGGGUUGUAAUACUAGUUUUAUGAAAAGUUCUGUGUAUGUCUGUAGCAAACAAAAAAAAAAAAUUGUGUUUAAUAAAUAUACAGACAUUUCUUAUCAGUGCCAUCACAUGCAGUAUAUUUUUGGGUUUAUAAUCCCGUUUAUACCCACGUGGACGAAUAUGAUAAACGUAAUUAUACACUAGUGUCUUUUCUUAAACGGUGGUCUGAGCAGAGUCUCUGUCUUGAGUGAAGACCAGUAUGAACUCUGAUGGUGAUAGGUUUGAGUCUGGGAUGAUGUGAAACUUGAUGCUCAAUGAUUUUUUUGAAAUAUAUUUUCUUUUUGUAUUAAGCAAGUUUCCGCAGAACACCAAAGUCAUUUGCUUGUCUUAGAUGAAGUCCUGUUGAGCAUUAAAUGAAGGUUUACAGAAUUGUGAAUCACACCAAAUAUAUCAUAUUGAUAUUUUUCAUUGCUGUAUAAAACUUUGGUGGACUUAACUGUAACUACACUGGGGUUGUCUGUAUAUCUAUAUAGGACAAUAGGGUCAUUAUCUCUUCUCUUUUUAAGAAGUGUAAUGCCUUCUUUGGUCACAUGGAAAAUGUGCUUACUAGGGCUGUCAAAAUUAGGGCAUUAAUUGUGUAUAUUAACUAGAGAAGUUAUUUGGAUAAAACACAAUUUAAAGCACUGGCAGAAUGAUGCGCUCAGUAUCUCCAGUAAUUCCAUCGUCCAUUUACUUAUCGUUGCUUUAAUACACAAGUGAUAAACAUGGUUUUACUAACACAAGUUGCAUUGAAACAUUUUCACAGAUGUACCUUGAGUUUAAAAUACCAUCAACAGUCAGCGCACCUUUGCAGAAACUAACUUCAGCUCGGAUGUCCAGCCUGUGUCUGUGAGAGAGACCGUAGACUGAUUAAUUUGUUAACGACAACAGCUCCACACAAAGUUUGAAAGCAACUCUUGUUUUAUCCUAGAAGCCACCAUCGAGAUGCACAGAAAAAGGGAUGCAGGAAAAGACAUUUUUUUGGGUCAUAUUUAGCUAUUUUGAUUUAUCUCAAUUUAUCCUAAUUAAUUGUGUUCAGAUAAAUUCACAACUAAUCGUGAUGAAUUGAUUUUCUCUAAAGCUACGAUGUGAUUAAUCUGAUCAAAACAUCAUUAGACAGCCCUAGUUCUUUUACAUCACAUCACAUUGUCACGAAACUGCAGGCAAAUUGCACUAGGUGGAGCCAAACCUACAUGUGUAGAUGAAGACAUUGCUGUAAACAAUUGAGUGACGUUUGUUCAGACCUGACAACUGUCCUUUAUGCCAUCCACUCUUACCUGACUUGAACUUGUAAACCUGCAGAUGCUCAUUGAAAGACGACAUCAUUGCUGUUCAUAGAGAAAGCCAAUAACUGGGAUUUUAAUAUCCACCUUGGGCCAAAUGCUUAUUUUUCUUUCUCUUUUUUCAUAAUUUUUGUACAGCAUGCUAUAAAUGAACUUCAACUUCAAUCUUCUCUGCAUGAUCAGAUGUUAAGCGUUGAAUGCAGUCCCUCCUGGGGACAAAUUGGAUUUUUAUUGUUUUGCUGUAAGUAAACAAAACCAAUUCUUUCACUAAACAGA